AUGCAUCGUGAGGAAUUAUUCUUGAUACUCUGGAUUCUUAUUGUUAAAGGUGCCUCAAAAGAUUGCACUAACCGCCCGCAAAUUUAUGUGGUAGCGGGGGAGCCUUUUUAUCUGAAGCACUGUGACAUGUCCGCAUCCGUGCACAAGAAUGAGACAGCUGCCAUCAGAUGGUUCAAAGGCCACGGCUCCCAUGAAGAUGUGGAGCUGAACACUGCAAGUUCGCCAAGAAUUACUCUUCAUAGUAACGUUUUGGAAUUCUGGCCAGUUGAGCUGGAGGAUGAGGGAACUUAUUUUUCCCAAGUUGGAAAUGAUCGUCGAAAAUGGACCUUAAAUGUCACCAAAAGAAAUGAAAACAGUUGUUUUUCUGAAAAAGUUGUGAACAGUAAAUGUAUAGAAGUUGAGAAAUCUUUGCACAUAAAAUGUGAAAAUCCUGACUAUAGUGAGCUGAUCUAUGACACAUCGCUGUAUAAGAACUGUAAGGAGCAAUUCAAAGCACCAAAGGUCCUGAAGAAUGCCGAGUUUGGGGACGAGGGCUACUACACCUGCGUGUUCUCCGUCAGGCGUUUAGGGAAACAGUACAACAUCACCAAGACCACCAAUGUGACAGUUGUUAAAGGGAACAAUAAAAUAACUCCAGCUAUUUUGGGACCAAAGUUGGACACUGUUGGAGUAGAAGUAGGAAAAUAUGCGGAACUGAACUGCACCGCUUUACUGAAUAAGAAUGAUCUGUUUUAUUGGAGCAUAAGGAAAGAAGACAGAUCUGACCCUAAUGUGCAAGAAGACGCUAAUAAGACAACUUGGAUUUCUGAAGGCAAACUGCAUGCUUCAAAAACACUGAGAAUUUGGAAAGUUACUGAAAAAAAUCUCAAUGUUUCAUAUAAUUGCACUGUAACCAAUGAGGAAGCCACAGACACCAAAAGGUUUAUCUUGGAGAGAAAAGAAAUUACUGAUAUCCCCAGCCAUGUUUUCAUGAGGGGAAUAAUCAUGGCAGUUUUCAUCUCUGUGGCAGCAGUGUGUGUGGUGAUUCUGUGUGUCAUUUAUAAAGUUGAUUUGGUUCUAUUCUAUAGACGCUUAGUGGACAGAGACGAGACACUAACAGAUGGUAAAACAUAUGAUGCAUUUGUGUCUUACCUGAAAGAGUGUCACCCUGAAAAUGGAGAAGAAUACACUUUUGCUGUGGAGAUAUUACCCAGGGUCCUGGAGAAACAGUUUGGGUACAAGUUGUGUAUAUUUGAAAGAGAUGUGGUACCUGGGAAAGCUGUCGUGGAUGAGAUCCAUUCCCUGAUAGAGAAAAGCCGGAGGCUAAUCAUUGUCCUGAGCAAAAGUUACCUGAUGAAGGAGAGCAGGCUGGAGCUGGAGAGUGGCCUCCAUGAAGCCCUGGUGGAGAGGAAGAUUAAAGUCAUCUUAAUCGAGUUCACUCCAGCCAGCAGCAUCACCUUUCUGCCCCCAUCGCUGAAACUCCUGAAGUCCUACAGAGUUCUGAAAUGGAAGGCUGACAAGUCACUCUCGCAUAACUCAAGGUUCUGGAAGAAUCUUCUCUACCUGAUGCCUGCAAAAUCCAUCAAGCCAUGGAGAGAAGGAUCUGAGGUGAUGCCUGUUCUUUCAGCACCAUGAGCUCCAGCAAAGAGCAAUGUCAAAAGAG